GCUUAUUUCACGUGAUAUUUAAAUGGUUCCAUCAUGGCUGCCGCUAUCAGUCCGUACAGCUCAACAGAAGAGACAACGAAUGCUAACAGGGCUUGUCGCCUUCUACUUGGACCAUGUACCGAUCAACUGAGAGAUGUUCUUCGGAAAGAGGUUCCGCCGCAUGCAUUUGCCUUUGAAAUAAGUAAACAAAAGUUAAAUCUGCCAAGAUUAAAUCCCGAACAAAGGAACCUGAUUUUACCCAACAUCGGGUCCUAUUCUGGAAAUUACGAUGACUUUGAUAUUUCACUGUUGUACAUUCUUUUACGGAACAUUUGUAACAUUAAACCUCAUAAAAUUGGGUGGGGAAAGGUCCCAGAUGUUAAUGAUGUAUGCCUUUCUGCAAAUAUCGAAAGGGUACGAUUGGCCCGAAAUAGCACUGUCCACUCAGCAAGUCCUUCCCUCGCAAACAGUGAAUUGAAUGAUAUUUGGACGUCAGUUCGAUUUGCAGUUGUAGAAAUGGAUAGUUUUCUUUUAAAUGGAAAUUAUUAUCAGAGAGAAGUUGACUUAUUGAGACACACAACAAUGGAUCCCGUCCAAGACAAGCAUUAUAGAGACCAGCUGACCAAACAAUAUGCAGAUGAUCAAGAUACUAAAGAAUGCAUUCGGACCCUUGAGGAAAACAUCGGAAUUUACCAGAGAAAAACAACAAGCAGGAUAAGUCUCCUCAAGGGUUAGUUUUGUUUAAUGUUUCUCG